GACUUAAGAAACUUGUGAGGAAAAUGCCAAGGGAUUAUUUUUAAAAGAAGGAAACUGGUUCUUGAUUUUUUUUUUUUUUAAGAGAAAAUGACUAGGAGUUUUUCAGAAUUUGAACAAUUCUUCAUAAAGAAAAAUUACGUUUUUGCUUAAGUGCAUUAUUUUCAAGUUUUAUGCUGUGUCUGAAAAAAAAAUCAAGAUCACCUGUUAAAAGUUUGUAAACAGGAGGAAAAAGUGUUUUACGCUACUGAAAUAUAGAGAAGAAGUAUGAUUAAAAUGUGUUCAUCUUUGCAAUAUAACAUUUUCUAAAGAAGAUAAUAAUGGAAGUAACAGGGAACAAGAUGGACUAUCUGAUAAAUGGAACAGUUGAAGGAUUUACCACCACUGAAUUUGACUAUGGAAGUAUAGUAACACCAUGCCAUGCUAAGGGUGUCCAAAAAUUUGGUUCUAAUGUCAUACCAACCCUUUUUUCUUUGGUAUUCAUCUUUGGUCUUUUGGGCAAUGUGCUGGUUGUGCUGGUCCUCAUCAAAUAUAGGAAGUUCAAGAGCAUGACUGAUAUAUACCUGUUAAAUUUAGCCAUCUCUGAUCUGCUUUUCAUUUUCUCACUCCCAUUUCGGAUUUAUUAUUCAGUACACGACUGGGUAUUUGGAGACACAAUGUGCAAAUUUUACACUGGAAUCUUUUUUUUAUGCUUCUACAGUGGAAGCUUUUUCAUCGUCCUCUUGUCCAUUGAUCGAUAUCUAGACAUAGUUUAUUCAGCAUCUGCAUUAAAAGCCAGGGUGAAAUGCUAUGGUAUCAUUACAAGCAUUCACACAUGGGGCCUGGCAAUUUUAAUCUCUUCACCAGGAUUUGUUUUUUUCAGAUUACAGAUGGAAAACAAUAGGAAAUCUUGCACUUCUCAUUUUCCAUAUGAAAGUUAUUUUGCAUGGAACAAGUUCCUUAUACUGAAAAAGUUCUUUGUAGGUCUGAUUUUUCCAUUGAUAAUUACGACCUUCUGCUAUGUAUGCAUUUUAAACACCCUGUGGAAAUCCAAGAAUGAGAAGAACAAAACAGUCUGGCUUAUUUUUAUCAUCAUAAUUAUUUAUUUCCUCUUCUGGGCCCCAAACAACAUUGCUCUUCUGCUCCAGUUAUUCCACACUUCGUUUUUUGUUGACAAUUGUGACAAUUUAAAGAGAAUGAAUAUAGCAUUGCAACUGACUGAAACACUUGCAGUAGCUCAUUGCUGUAUCAAUCCUUUGAUCUAUGCUUUUGCCAGUGAGAAGUUUAGAAAAUAUGUCAUCAGCUUUUUCCAUCUAUGAAAUUCCUAUAUCUUCCUGUGUGAAGAACCUCUGGAACAGAGUAGUUCCACAUACUGAUAUUCUAUUGGAAAUGAGGGCAUUUCAGCAAUCUUAUGAAGAAUGUGUAUAUAGAAAAAUAGGAUUUUACGGAUUCAACUUUAUGGACUGGACUCAAGGGAGGUUACUAAAGGAUCAAGCCACUUCUAACAAAGCUACUUUGGUGUUAAAAGACCAGAUCUGAACUGGAUGAAGCCUGUUCUGGUGACAUCAGUUCACCAAUUAUGUAGUACAUGAAUAUUACAUGCAGUUCAAGUUGAAAUAUUAUAGAUUUAAUUGGGAAUACUACAGGCAGUGAAGAGAAUCAAACCUUUGCUUGAGUAAAGCACACUAUACCCUAUGACAGUGAUGGCGAACCUACGACAUGUGUGUCAAACGUGACACGCCACAAGUUUUGGGUGAAAUGCCAGAGUUCACCAACACCUGACAACAACUAUUCUGUUUGAGUUACCAAAGAAGCUGAGUUUGUUUUACUUGU